CCUACAUUUAUUUUAUUCAUCCUUUCUUUUCUUCUUUUUUUUUUUUUUAUUAUUUUAUAGUUCAUUUCGAAAAGAAAAACCCUUUUAAUAUGAAUACCAACGAUACUGAUAUUCAGGAACGAAUUGCAGCUGCUAGACGAGAAGCUGAAGCACUCAAGGAACGUAUUAAGCAAAGAAAAGAAGCUUUAGCCGAUUCAACAUUACAAGAAAUGGCCAAAGAAAUAGAAGACUUACCUCGUAUUGUAAUGAAAGCGCGUCGUACAUUGAAAGGUCACUUGGCUAAAAUCAAUGCUAUGCACUGGGCUCAAGAUAAACGACAUUUAGUAUCUGCUUCUCAAGAUGGUAAACUGAUUGUAUGGGAUGUUUACUCUUCUAAUAAAGUACAUGCUAUUCCUUUACGGUCUUCUUGGGUCAUGGCUUGUGCUUAUUCUCCUUCUGGUAAUUUUGUGGCUAGUGGUGGUUUGGAUAAUAUUUGUUCUAUUUACAAUUUACGUGGACGCGAUGGUCCUGUACGUCCUCAACGUGAACUCUCUGCUCAUACUGGUUACCUUAGUUGUUGUCGUUUUAUCAAUGAUCGUCAAAUUUUGACUUCUUCUGGUGAUAUGUCUUGUAUGCUUUGGGAUAUUGAUGCUGGGGUCAAAACUGAAGAAUUCGUGGAUCAUACUGGUGAUGUGAUGAGUCUUUCAUUAGGUCCAAAUCCAAAUGUAUUCGUGACAGGUGCUUGUGAUGCAACAGCCAAAGUAUGGGAUAUUCGAACAAGAAAAUGUGUUCAAACAUUUGCAGGUCAUGAAUCAGAUAUCAAUGCUGUUCAAUUCUUUCCUAAUGGUGAUGCAUUUGCUACUGGAUCCGAUGAUGCUAGUUGUCGAUUAUUUGAUUUACGUGCUGAUUGUGAAUUAGGUGUAUAUUCAAGUGAAGCUGUACUUUGUGGUAUUACUUCCAUUGCCUUUUCUGCUUCAGGUCGUCUUUUAUUUGGUGGUUAUGAUGAUUGUAAUUGUCAUAUUUGGGAUACAUUAAAAGGGGAAAGAUUAGGUACUCUUUCUGCUCACGAUAAUCGUGUCUCUUGUCUUGGAGUAUCUGCUGAUGGAAAUGCCUUGGCUACUGGUAGUUGGGAUAGUUUACUCAAGAUUUGGGCAUGAUC